AUGACAGAGUAUGUUUUGGGAUUUCUAGGGAAGCUAGUGCCAUCGUUGUUAUGGCUCUUGUACCGUUGCUACCAGGUUUUGUCUACACCAGUUGACGAGUUGGUACAAGAAUUGCGUAUAGAUAUACCGUUUACCCCCACCGUAUGUCUUGAUAGCGUUUCGGAGACCUCCGUGGUGUUACAUUGGGAUAUUCAGAUCAAAAGAGACGAGAACUUGUAUUUUCUUUUGAUAGUGAAUGGUCAUGAAGCAGCAAGACUUAGUGGUACUUCUUGUAAGAUCGACAGUUUACUUCCCGGAAAGUUAUAUCGGAUAAACAUUGUUGCCGUGAACUCAUUGACUAAUUUCCGAUCCCAACUGAGAUCUACGUUUAUUAGAACCAUAGAGGCUCAAAAUUCCAGACUUAAGAGUGUGUUACAAGAUUGCGAUGCAACCAAGGACAUUGAAAAGUUUACUGAAGCCACCAAUAAUGGUGAUUUGGCUUUAAGUUCUGCUAAAGAUUUGCCAACUGAUAUUAGUGUUUCGGAAGUCGCCAAGUGCAUUGACGUUGAAGUACUUCAUUAUUAUUUGCACAAAUACCAACAUGAAUUGAUCAAGACAAAUUUGGAGAUGAAAAGUUUUGAAGAGAAAUCACGAAAAGAAUUGGAGACUUUGAAGGAUCAAGAGAAGUUCUUUAAAAGUGAAUUAGACACCGAAAGUGAUAACAGAGCUAAAAAAGAUAACGAUGUGAAAUCAUAUGAACAUAAAAAGGCAGAUUUGGCAUUUAUGAAAUCUAAAUUAACAGCCCAAGUUAAACAAUUGGAAAGUUCAAAUGAUAUAAUCAAGGGAAGAAUUUCUUCCUUACAAUCAGAUAUAGAUAUUAAGAAAAAACGAAAUGAUACAGCAUUAAAGUCCAAAGAUGAUGAACUUUCUUGGAUGAACGAUAGAAUUAAAGAGUUGAAAUCCAAUAACAUCAUAGUACGGAAACAAAACGAUGUUAUAGAAAACUCCUUGAAAUCCUUGAAGAUUAAAAGGAAAGAAUUAUCUAAAUUAUUAGAUCAAUUGAAGCCAGUGGUAGAGGCUUUCCAAAAUGAAUUUGUUACUAAUAGAGAUGGUCCAAUUUCAAGAAAUGCAAUUGAACUCUUAGUGGAAAUCAAUAAAAUUGCUGGUCCAGAAUGGGAGAGGGAAAUAAAUAACGAAGUUAAUACUUAUGAACAGUUUGAAAUGGAUUGGAAAUCCACCUAUAGAUUUGAAAUCAGGAAAUAUAUCAGUCUUCAGCAUUCAUUUGAAAUAGCAAAGCUGAAUAAGGAUAAAUCGUAUCAGCCCCAAAAGAUGACGGAAUACCAAGCAUCUAUUGAAUUUGGUGGCUAUCAAAAUGCCUUGAUUAGCAGACCCCAAAACAACCAGUUCCUUCCUCACAAUUCUAAUUCCCUGGUUAAUAUUGUUCAAGGAAGUGCAACAACAGGCAGCACUCCUACAAAUACUUCAACCAAGUUCAAGAAACAUCAUAAUAAUCACUAUUAUUCCAGAGAUUCAACAGCAGCUUACAGCAGUGGCAGUUCGAACUCCAAUAUACCUACACCUGAAUUUAUGAGUAAUUCAACUUCACAGGUACUAUUACAACAACAACAACAACAACAACCCCCACCACCAUCACUUCAAACUUUGGACUCUGCACCGCAAAUAACCAUGGGAAGUGGAGGUGUACCACUUGUUACUUCAACAAGUUCUAUCCAGACGAACAACACUCCGCUUGAUAGUAACUACAAUGUCAAUGCUCUUGCCAAUGGCGAUGGUAAUAUAAACUCAAUAAGGUACAAUGAUUUUGAAUUCUACUAUCCCGAGGGAACGAAUGCGACAUUGCUUCAAUCCCAAACUCAGAAUUCCAACCCACCUCAACUUUACAAUGUAUCAUCACCUUCCAAUGAUAAUAGAUACAAUUUUGUUUCUCAUUACCAAGAUAUUUACUUUGGCGAUACGCAUAAUGUGAUCCCUACUUCAGGUGUACCCAACAACCAAGUAAUCACUGGUCCUCCUAUGAUGCUGAAUUCAGGUCCUUCGUUGGACUACCUCUUAACGAACAACACCAGCAACCUAAUGCUUAAUUUUGAAGAUUCUAGUGGAAGCUUCAAAUUUGAAAAUUACAACAAUACAAAUGCUCCUGGAAAUGCAACUGCUCCAUUGACUGGUGGUAUUGGUCAGCUGGAACCGCCCACUGAUCUCAUUGGCAGCCCCUUACCAGAUAUGAUGCAAUUGAACAAUAGUAGUGUAAGCUCCACGCUUUUACCCAAUGUUUCCCUGAAUAACACUGGUGGUGGUGGUGGUGGAAUAGUCUCGACAACCCCACUAUUAGGAAUGAGUACAUUCAAUGAUCGUAUCGGUACAAUGAAUGUGAGCAGUGGAGGUACAGGCCCAGUAGCUACUUCAUUGGGUGGAACAAGCAGUAAUGUUUCUAACUUCAAUUCGGCUACAACAAGUGGAGGAACAUAUUCAUCUCCAUUUUGGAAUAGUAUGCAAACGGGAUCGAAUAUAGCACAACCUACAAGCUACAAUCAUUUAGGAACCUAUGCACAGUCCCCAGACUUCCUCAAGAAUUUCAAUGACUCCGACGCCUUUGGAAGAGGGUUGAAUAGGUUAUCUCCAUCACCGAUAACUGUUAAUAAUUUAGGAGGAGGACUGACCAGUGCCAACAAUUCUGGUGGUGGGACAGUGGCUACGCCCACGAUGCCUGCCACAGGGAUCUUCUUUGGUAAUUCGACCCCCAACAGUGGAACCAUACACUCCAAUGCAAGUGGAUCAAACGUCAAUGAUUUACAUGAUGAUACUGACAAUAUUAAUCAUGGUACCCCAACUACAACAACAACUGUUCUCCCCCCAGUACAAGUUCAAGGGCAAGGUCUUCCAUCAUCUGCAGGUGCGAAUGGAGGACUUUUAUGGGACUAUGGACUUGGUUACCACCACCGUCGUAACGUAAGCAACGGACCAAUUUGGAGAAACGAUAACUUGUCAGUCAGUAGUUUCAACAUGAGUGGAGGUCCAGUAGCGUCAGCGCCAUCAGCCAUCGGAACCAGAUCCCGUUCCAAUACAUUUAAUGCAACCAAUAGCGACUCGGAGUCAUUAGUUAAUCGGCCAACGUCUUCUACACUCUACUAA